AUGGGGUUUUGCAAGGAGGAGAAAUACUUCCGUCUAGAUUGCUCUUACUUAUGGGGCACAAAUGUAAACAGCGGAGAGCAUCUUCUUCUCUACUGCCGAAAAGCCUUCGUGGAGCAGUUCUGUUUCCUGCGAGAGCAAGUGCUAGAGCAUGGUGCUCUUGGAUGGAUACAAGGCUCUCCAGGAACAGGGAAGACAACAACAACGCUUUCGUUUUGUAUGACGCUGGAUAGGAAUGAGUGGAGCUUCAAAUGCAUCAGGCUGAAGGCCAGAAGCAACACUUGUGUCGUGGAGGUGACAGGCAACAAGAGAAGAACAUGCUCAUUCGCAAAGGAGUCUGAGGGGGAACAGAUGACACUGUUGCUUGAAGGGUUGUCAGACGGCAAAAAGAGCCUCCUGGUGCUCGAUGGCUACUUGACACACCAAGAAUCUCACACGAGAGCUUUGGUAGCUUGUAUAAGAUGGCGGGAUGCUGACAGGCAGAAUCGACGUCUUGUGGUAGUGACGUCAAUGGCUUCUCGAGGAAAGGCCUACGAUGAAGAGGAUCGAGAGAUGGGGCUGAAGGAGCACAUAGUUGCAUCAUGGAGGAUCGAUGAAUAUCUAGAGGCAGUGCAGUUUGACGAGUUUUACAGCAAGGUGGCUCCCACAUUGGAGAUGAAUGUGACAGGAGAGGCUUUGGGUUUCAAGAUGACUACACGGCCGAGAUCGAAAGAAGAGCGAGUGAGACAUAAGCACUACCUCGCAGGUGGGUCAUGUCGGUACAUGUUCGACAUGACUGCGGCGGAGGUGCUUCGGUCCUUGGAUCUUGCGCUUCAAAGUGCUCCAAACUUACAAGAUCUUUUUCGGGGCCAUGUAGGCGCUUCCUCGGGGGAUAUGACGAACAGGCUGAUUGCUACUAUGGUCACUCAGGAGAAGGUGGUCAGGUUUCCUGUGAGCAAGUACGUAGCCAGCAAUCUUGCGGCGUCCGUGGGUGCGGUUGACAUACUGAGAAGAAUGUUGACUGCCUUUAGAGGCCCGCGAGCCAUGCAUAGGUAUCUUUUGGAGAUGCUCUUUUUCGAGAAAGUGAGAAGAGACCUGAGCAUAACUUACCGUGGAUCAAGCGAGCCUGAAGUUUUGAAAGCAUGCAAUCUCGUUGUAAUCUUCGAUCCGUCACAAGACACGGACUCUCUUCCCCACACGAGGGUGUGUCUCAAGCCUAUCUGUGAAUUUCAAGGUGGCUGGGAUGCAAUCAUUGUAGAUCAGGAUGACAAGGUCGUGCAGUUUUUUCAGCUGACGGUUGCGAAGGAUCACUCUCUCAAGCUCUCGUAUUUCUUGACUGCUCUUAAGGCUCUGGGGAUUCCUGCAGGUGAGAUAUGGACGAUAAGGAUCGUUUUUGUCGUCCCGCCGGAGGAUGGAAUGUUGUUCCGAAUAGCCUCUGUCAAGGAUGAAGGAGCGCUAGAGCAGUACAUGUGGAAGAAAGGGGAGGAGCGGUCGAUGGUCCAGGCGGCGAGUAUUGAUUUCAAUCGAGGGUUCGUUGGUUAG